GACAUCACAUCUCCCAGCAUCUCUCUCCCUCUCUCUGGCACCUUUGCUCCACUUCUCGCCGAGGAGACGCGCACAUACAUUUUCUCGCUGUCCUCCUUCGUCGCUCAUAGAAAGGGGCUGGACCACACGGAAAAGGGGAAACGCAAAACAAAUUUUUGACAGGAUGAACAACAGUUUCCUAAACAUGGCGUCGAUAGGCGACUUCGACCCGCUCAACGCGUCUAUUCCUGCCACCAAAGUUGAAAUCACAGUGUCCUGCAGAAACCUGCUGGACAGGGACACCUUCUCCAAAUCAGACCCAAUUUGUGUUCUCUACACACAAGGCAUGGGCAACAAGGAGUGGAGAGAGUUUGGGAGAACAGAGGUGAUUGACAACACGCUAAACCCAGACUUUGUGCGGAAAUUUAUUUUGGACUACUUCUUUGAAGAGCGACAGAACCUCCGAUUUGACUUGUAUGAUGUUGACUCGAAGAGUGCCAACCUGUCAAAACACGAUUUUCUGGGCCAGGCCUACUGUACUCUUGGAGAGGUGGUUGGAUCAUUGGGCAGUCGCUCGGAAAAAGCUCUUGGAGGCAUUCCAGGGAAGAAAUGCGGGACCAUUAUUGUGAAAGCCGAGGAGCUGAACAACUGCAGGGAAUCAGUGAUGAUGCAGUUCUGUGGGAACAAAUUGGACAAAAAGGAUUUCUUUGGCAAGUCUGACCCCUUCCUGGUCUUCUACAGGAGCAACGAGGACGGCACGUUUACCAUCUGCCACAAGACAGAGGUGGUGAAGAAUACAUUGAACCCAGUGUGGCAGGCCUUUAAGAUCCCUGUUCGGGCUCUUUGCAAUGGUGAUUACGACCGAACAAUCAAGGUUGAGGUGUACGACUGGGACAGAGAUGGCAGCCAUGACUUUAUUGGAGAGUUCAGUACCAGCUACAGAGAACUAUCCAGAGGGCAGAGCCAGUUCAAUGUCUACGAGGUGGUAAAUCCAAAGAAGAAAGGAAAGAAGAAAAAAUACCUCAACUCUGGAACGGUAACGCUGCUGUCAUUCCUGGUGGACAUUGAAGUCACCUUCCUGGACUACAUCAAAGGAGGGACCCAGAUUAACUUCACCGUGGCCAUUGAUUUCACAGCUUCCAAUGGUAACCCAGCCCAGCCCACCUCACUCCACUACAUGAGUCCCUAUCAGCUGAAUGCCUACGCAAUGGCCCUGAAAGCAGUAGGAGAAAUCAUCCAGGACUACGACAGCGAUAAGAUGUUUCCCGCGCUGGGGUUUGGAGCCAAGCUGCCACCUGACGGACGGGUCUCCCACGAGUUUGCCUUGAAUGGGAACCCUCAGAACCCGUACUGUACAGGUAUUGAGGGUGUGAUGGAAGCCUACUACCAGAGUCUGAAGUCAGUUCAGCUCUACGGACCCACCAACUUCUCCCCUGUCAUCAACCAUGUGGCCAGGUAUGCAGCUUCAGUGAAGGAUGGCUCCCAGUACUUUGUGCUCCUCAUCAUCACAGAUGGUGUCAUCUCAGACAUGGCCCAGACCAAGGAGUCUAUUGUCAACGCCUCCUGUCUGCCAAUGUCAAUUAUCAUCGUGGGGGUGGGGCCCGCAGAAUUUGAUGCCAUGAUUGAGUUGGAUGGCGAUGAAGUCAGAAUCUCAUCCAGAGGAAGAUAUGCUGAGAGGGACAUUGUUCAGUUUGUUCCAUUCAGGGACUACAUCGACCGGACGGGGAACCACAUCCUGAGCAUGGCCCGGCUCGCCAAAGACGUCUUGGCCGAGAUCCCUGACCAGUUCCUCUCCUACAUGAGGACCCGCGGGAUCAAGCCGUCGCCAGCGCCGCCUCCCUACACACCGCCAGGGCAACCCCUCCAAACCCAGAUAUGAGGAGCCAGGAGGAGAAAGGUUUCCGAGUCAGGUGUUAGCUGAACUUUACGCGCGAAAUACUUCCAUUUCCCUAAAGCUGCUCUCCAUGCCUUGUCAUUGUGGAUCACGGUGGUCUUUCUCGUGUUCAGGAAGCUGCAUGUCGGGCCAGGAGAGUGUUGCUUUUGAGGACAGGAAAAGCCAAUGAGAGUCUGUUUACUUCCACUGUCAAGCAUUCCUGUUACUGUCUGGAAUUUUUGUUUUGUUUUGGCCUGGGAAACCUGGACAGGCUUUGGAGAGAGUUUGGAGGGUCUGAAUUCAAGCUGGGAAGAAAGGAAGGAAAGAACAAAUGAAGGACAGCUCUUUGGAAACAUUGUAAAGAGAAUGUCUCCAGACAAAACAAAGGAAUCACUUGAUCUUAAAUGAACACUAACUUUUCUGUAAAUUACUGGACUUCUUCUUUCUCUCUCUUUCUCUCUAUCUCUCUCCAACUCACUCAUUGUUUACAGUAAACGCUAACAAGUAUUUUUACUGUUGAUACUUUUAUAAACACAUAGUUUCAAUAUGAAGCUUGUAAUAUUCUCUCUCUGUGUCUCUGUCUCUCUCUCUCUCUCUCUCUCUCUCUCUCUCUCUCUCUCUCAUUUGUGUCAGGUAGCAGCAGUGCAGGUCCUGGUAGCCCUUCUGUACCGUACCGUACCGUGCUGUACUGUACUGUACCGUACUGUAUUCUGGUGUUCGUAUUAACCUUUUGCAUGAGUGUAGCCUCAGUCAAGUGCAUGCAUAUAGUGGCCCUGCACUACCUCUUCUACCCAUCUGUCUGUCUGUCUGUCUGUGGGGGGUGAGUGUCUGUCUGCCUAUACCUCCAUUUGUAACUUCACCCUGUCUGUCUGUCUGCACUGCUGUCAGCCCUGAGAAAUCUGUCUCCCUGUUACAGCUUUUCUUCCUGUCUAUCUCCCUCUCUCUUUCUUUCUUUUCUUUUCUGCCUCUGUCACUUUUACUAGCUGUGUUUCCAUCCGACAUUUUUUUUGCAAGUUAUAACAGACGAGCUGAACAGAAAAUGUAUCAUUUUAAUGCUCAUCAGAAGAGGGAAGGGUUUUAUUACAGAAUUUGAAAAAUAGCAAAGGAAUUUCAUUUGGUUGGACAGUCUGCUUUAUAAAUGGUUACAAUUGACUGCAUAAUGGUUCCAAAUUAAUAUUUGAAAUGUAAAAUAUCUGUUCCACCCUUUUUUCAUCUACUUUUCAUCUAGCGCCAUCAUCAGGUCAAAAUUAAACUUAUGACCAAAUACAUGCAAAACUCAUGUGUUUCCCAACUUAGUUUAGUGCUAAUGUAAGCUUGCUAACACACAAAACUAAGAUGGUGAACAUGGUAAACAUUAUACCUGCUAAACAUCAGCAUGUUAGCAUUGUUAUUGUGAGCAUGUUAGCAUGCUGACAUUAGACACAGCCGUGCCUUGAGUUCAACCUCACAGAGCCACUAGCAUGGCUGUAGACUCUUACUCGUGUGUUCUGUCUCAAAGAAACCGUGAAGUAUGGUCAACAUUAGCAAACAUUUAAGAACAAACGUUUUACUUUUUGACAUUUCAAAUGAAGAUGAUGAAGAUUCAAAUUGUGCAAUUUCUGUUUUCUAGCCUUUCAUAUUUUUGCAUAGCAUUUAUUUGACAUCUGAAUGGAGGCAUAGCUACUCUCCCUCCCUCUCUCUCUCUCUCUCUCUCUCUCUCUCUCUCUCUCUCUCUCUCUCUGUCUCUGUUCUCCAAACUGCCUUGGCAAUAGGAUGCCCACGUGCCCAGGGGUUUCGUCUCAUUAUGUCGUCUAACACCACGUCCCUGCCCCAUGUUUAAAACGGCAGCAGCUGCUCUCAAACUAAAAACUGUUUGAGCAUAAAGAGCCCAGUGGUCAAAAAUGCAGAGAAAAACACACUUUCCCUAUGUUGGCUUUUUGUUCCAUUUAAUUUUUUGGUGUGUAUUUUUUAUUGCACCUUUAGCUUUGAUAUAGCUUUUUAUAUGUUUGUUUUAAUGAUGUGUAUUUAUAUGUGCCAAUCAUGUGUAAAAGGAUGAUUUUUAUGAUUCCUGUCAGUCACUGACGACGUCCGACAAGUUUCCAAUUUAACAUCGAACGAUUGUCUCUAAAUGACGUCUGAUGAAGAAUGAGAGUUGCGUUUUUGGAACGUGGAAGGAUUGUUUAGUGUUGUAAUGACGUUUCAAUGAUGAGUGAAAAUGUUAAAUGUGAAUGAGAUUUGUGUGUUGUAUGAAACAACAUUAGAUAAAAUGUAUAAAAAGUCUUGCAAAAAGUGGGAAUGCAGGAACAUUUUGACAUUUAUGGAUAGUGAGUGAAUUACAUUGCAGCACCAAAAAUGUGAAGGGAUAUUUAAGCAUUGCAUUGAUGUUAAAGCUUACAGUAUUUUUGUUGUGUCAACACUCUGAAGUAGUCUUAAAUUGAUGCUGUAUGCUUCAUGUUAACAAAACUUAUUUGACAAGCAUUUGUGUUGUGUAUGAUCAGUAGUAGCAUGGUAAUACAGUGUGUGAGUGGCCAGCUAUUUCCAGCAGCGAGAAAGCCAAACGUUUGCUUGUGGCUCAAAGGUGUAACACUCAGUUAACACAAGACAAAAGAAACCAGACUCUGAUCAUGCAAGUGACUGACAUCAUCGAAAAUCUGCAACCCAGAUGUCUUGUAAACACAGUAGAGUGCCCAAACAUGAAUAUUUGUUACUGACAUUUUUUACACAAAUUUACAAUUUGUUUUGAAUAUCUUACAUCGCUGCCUUUUCUAGUUGCUUGACAUUCCCAGGUUCAUCUUUCUUUUCUCACAAUCCCCUCCUGUAUUGCCACUGUAGCAGAGUGCCGAUAUGGUAAGACUAACAGUAUGUGAGUGUGGGUGUGUAUGUGUGUGUGUGUGUGUUUGCUUAGCCAGUACAGUCACACUCCUGCAGCCACCCACUGCGUUCAGAGCGUAGCUGGACACAUCAUUAGGACUGCAGGUCAGUAGUACAAGUAAAAAAGAGUCAAACUGACUCUGUAAUAUCAGUUACACAGCAAUAUAAGUUUGCUAACAUUAGCAACUGUAAGCUACCAGUCAUAUCAGACCAUGUAAAGCUGUAGUGGCAGCACCCUGAGUGUACUAAAUAGAGAGAGGGUACAUUUUAUUGCUUAUGAAUUCACCUUUUCAUUUGUAAGAGGAAGAAUGUGUCAUUUCUUCUUUCAAAUGUUACAUCAUCUCACUUUAAAGAUUUAAACAUAACCCACCAGAAACUAUGUGACUUAGGGAGCAAUGGAAAGGUAAUUGUACUCACCUUUUUGACAACUCCCACGUUGCUCCAAGCUAUUUCUUUGUUUUCUUGACAUUGGCUGGCAAGAUUCAAAUCCAGGACGCUGUUGUUACAUAGUGUACAUACUAUACAAACGGCCUACAGGAUGUCCCUGUCAUGCCAUUUGAAUGGCUAACUACCUCCUGUUUCAAGUCAAGUGUUCUUCAGAAAAUCCUUUCAUGGUAGGAAAAUGCAUCUCUUACUUUAUGUUCAUUUCACCAAAUUUAAUGACAAGGCUUGUCGACAAGGACAGGACACCGUAUGAAGGAAAAAAGGCCUGAACUUGAAUCUUGUUUGCUUAAAACUAAUUGGUCAUUUCUGAUCUGAAAGUAGAAACAGCUUCUUCUUCUCUUGGAGCAGAAACAGCUGAUCAGUCAUGUGAGUUAAAUGUUUGCUAUGUCAGAACUUAUUCGGAAAAGGUGUUUCCAUCUCCGAUCAAGCGCAUUAACUCUUAAGUAAAAAACCAACUCAAACGAGCAUAAAAACGUUUUUGCGAAAUUGUGUUUUUUCAAAUUUUGACGUUUCUAUCAACCUUUUCUAAUGCGAUACUUCAAAAUGCGCAUAAAAAUACGUUGAUGGAAACACAGCUGGUGACUUAAAACCUGGAAACUUGGAAUUUUUCGAUCUGAAUUUGUGAACCUGGAAAAACAGUUUCAAAUUGCAAAAAUUACCUUCAGGAAAUUUCAAAGAGGUGAAUUCAACCCACAUUAAUUCAGAUAGAUGGGUUUCAAAUUAACAUACAUCAGUGAUAUGAAUUCAGGUGUAUUAGAAUUUCAAAAGUUUUAAAAUGUUUUAUUUUGGCCUUUCUUUGCUUCCAUACCCACACACAAACAUACACACAUUAUCGCCAUAGUCACUGAUGCCAUUUAUUUUACGUUGGUCUGCUUUGGGUGGAUGGAUAUUAUAAUUAUUAUAAUUAUGAUUUUAACUUUCCAUACUUUUUCCGUUGUAGUGUAACAGCUCACUAACAUUGCCAAGCCCCAUAAAAGUGUGUGUAGAAUGUGUGUAUGUGUUUGAUAUAAAUAUACUUUGUGUGUGUGUGUGUGCGCGAGUGUGUGCGUGCCUGUGUGGCACCUUUAUAAGAGUGUUUUAAUAGACCAUGUGAGGUGUUAAGACACAUAAGAUCUUUGUUUACUAAAGCUAUCCAAAUAAUAUAUUGUAUGCUCGUCAUAUCUUCUUAACAACGUGCACUAUGUUUGCAUGUACAGUUUUACAAAGGAUGCACCAGUUCCUUUUGUUAAAAACUGAGUGUUUUGAAAUAUAAAUCUAUAUGAAAAUUAACUGUACAAAAUGGCCUUAAAUCUUUGACUGAUUUUCUUGGAAUUGUGCGAUGCCUUCUUCAGAAAAAUGAAUUGUUUAAAAGGAAUUAAUCGUUAUCUAUUUUGUGUCGGUGUUUCUAUUGCUUUUUAGUGUAUUUUCUUUGCACAAGUUCAAUUAUGGAAAAAAAAUUAUCUUGUACUUUUUUGAAACCGUGAUUAAUCAGAGAAAGCAUGGCUGAAGUACUGAUUGUCUGAUAAUACAUAUAAUAGAUGACUAUUUCUGUAUUGAGCUAUGGAUUUUUAAAUAAAUAUUCAUAUUAAACACAAAA